GAGAAUUUUGGACCUCAAAAUUUUGUUUGGUCAAGACUUGUCACACCUUCUAAAGAACACGCCUUUUACAUCCUUCACACUUUACUAGCGCCAUUAUACCUCUCUCUCUUCAAGCACCCUCCUAAUUCUCUUUCCGUUCAUGAAUCUUUGACUACAAACGUGUAUCUCCUAUUUUAUUGGAUACCCAUUCGCACUUUCUUCAUUUUUGUUAUUGGGUAUCUUUGUAUUUUAUACAUUAACACCAAAGAAUAUCAAGCUCAGCCAUAAUCUUGAUUAGGGUAUUGAUAUACUUCUGAAGGAUUCCCUUGAGCUGAGAUUCGACGGAGAGAAAUGGUGGGAGCUUUAUCUGUAAUGGGCUCAUCUGUGGUGGAUCCACACACUAGUCCAUGUUUGUGUUUGGAUUCGCUGCCCACAACUAAUAUUGGUCUUAAGAACAGUGGAGAAUUGGCUUUGCAGAGGAGUUCAAUGAAGAGAAAGCAGUUAACAAGGCCAGGAUCAUUGGAACUGGGGAGUUCUUUCGUGGACUCAUGGCAUGAUUGGAGGCUCUCAUCAAAAGCUAUUUCAGGAAUCGUUAGUAAGAGCUCAAGGAAACAGAGAAAGGAUAGGGGACUUGUGAUUGUCAGCGAGUUGGCGGGGCAAUAUGAGGAUAGUUUUGAGGAUGUCAAAGCGCAACUACUCAAUUAUUUCACAUACAAAGCUGUAAGGACUGUGCUUAACCAGCUCUAUGAGAUGAAUCCAACGCAAUAUACAUGGUUUUAUAAUUUUGUUGCGCAUAAUAAGCCAGGAGAUGGCAAGCGUUUCCUUCGCGCUCUCGGGAAGGAGAAGCAGGACCUUGCAGAAAGAGUGAUGGUCACACGCCUUCACUUGUAUGGGAAAUGGAUUAAGAAAUGUGAUCAUGCUGAGAUAUAUAAAGAAAUCUCUGAUGAUAACUUGGAGUUGAUGCGUGAACGGCUCAAAGAGACUGUGAUAUGGCCAUCAGAUGACACAAACACAGAGAAGAUUGGCUGAAGGGAUGCAGAUUUAUCUUCGUUUUCUCUUUCUGUCUGCUGUCGUGUUUUUAGUGCAGGUUUAUCUUGGGUUCGAUAUCAACCCGUUUGGUUCCAAAGAUUGUCUUCUUGAUACUAUUAUUUUUCUCCUGUUAACAAGACAUGAUAAAUAUAUUGUAUAUAGACAUUACUCAUCAGUCUAGAUAGCAUAAAAAAGAAGGAUUUAAAUUAA